CGGAAAUGCUUGUUGGAUUUUCCGGUUGAAGGAAAACAAAUGGCGGCGCCCGACGAGUUGUUUUGCUGGGAAGGAGACUGGGGUCUGCCGUCCGUCAGCACCGAGUGUCUGGUGGUUCUGGCGUACGCUCAGUUCGCCGGCGCUCCUCUCAAAGUUCAAAAGGUGUCCAACCCAUGGAGGAGUCCAGGCGGUUCCAUUCCUGCCUUGAGGACCACUCAGAAGGAGAUCCUGUCCAGACCCUCUGACAUCAUCAUCCACUUGAGGAAACAGAAAUACAACGCGGACUACGACCUGUCAGCGAAAGAGGGCGCCGACAGCCUGGCGUUCAUCUCGCUGCUGGAGGAGAAGCUAGUGCCGGCGGUGCUGUACGCCCAUUGGGUGGAGCCAAAGAACUACGUGGAAGUGACUCGCCGCUGGUACGCCGAGCACAUGCCCUUCCCGCUCUGCUUGUUCCUGCCGGGGCGCAUGCAGCGCCACCAACUGGACAAACUGCGCCUGCUGCGGGGAGACGACAGCUUGGAGGCCAACGAGGAGCUGGAGAAGGAGUUGUUCCGCGAUGCUGUUGACUGCAUGAACCUCCUGGCACAGAGACUUGGCCAGCACAAGUUCUUCUUUGGAGACUCGCCGUCGUCCCUUGACGCCUUCGUCUUCGGCUCGUUGGCGCCCAUCUUCAAGUGCAAGCUCCCCAACAACAAGCUGCAGGAGCACCUGAAGUCUCUGGACAACCUGAGCAACUUCUGCGCCAACAUUCUGCUGAUCUACUUCCCCCACAACUCCAGUCAGAGGAUGUCCGGUCCGGCUGAGACUAAAGACCACGAGCAUGUGCCGAACAAGCGCAGGAAGCAGUUCCUGUCACUGCUGGUGGCUCUGGGCGCCAUGUUGUCCUACGCCGUGCUGAGUGGCAUGGUGGCCAUCCAACAGCGAGGGGCGCUAGAAGAGCCUCUGCACUCUCACGACGACGACGACGACGACGAUGACGACGAAGUCGACUGAGGUCCAUCAGUCCCAGCUUCGUGUUGUCUUUGAGGAAGUGGACUCCAUCUCAGCUCUUGGCCACACCCCCUCAGGGCCCCAGCAGUCGUCCUGAGCGUCUGGACACCAGCUGCACAUGACGUCUCUGCUGAGGAAUGCUGCGCUUUAACGAGCUGAUCUGGAAGCAGUUUGUGGAGCGUAAGCAGGUCACAAAAUGUAAUGUUGGGGCUGCGUUACCAUGACAACAAACAAGCCCUUUCUACAUCAUGUUAGACAUUGAUAAUUCCAUUCCUACACUGUCGAAAUAUAAACAUAAAAACGUGCCAUGGUGGAAUAAAAAUGUCAGUUAUAAAUAAACUACCCUUGAUGACGUCA